AUGACCAACAGCAGCGGGGAAUGCAACUUUACAGACAUCGACAGAUUAGCAAAGACCCUGAGGCUGGGGAUCUCCAUCCCCACCUUCAUUCUCGGGCUGGUUCUCAACGCCCUGGCCCUCUCUGUGUUCUGCUGCUUUUGGAAGAAACAGACCAAAACCUCAGUUUACAUGAUCAAUCUCGCACUUGCAGAUGUUUUCCUGCUUCUCUCACUCCCACUCAAGCUAUAUUACUCUAUUACAGAAGCACCCGGACUCCUGUGCUCAUUCAUAGAGUCUCUCUACUUUGUCAACACGUACGGCAGUAUCUUCAUCAUUGUCUGCAUUACUGUCGACAGGUAUAUCUGCAUAAGGCACCCAUUUGAAGGCCGAGCUAACCAAUCCCCCAAAUGGGCUAUCUUGAUUUGCUGCUUCAUCUGGGCAGUAGCGUGGCUUUGCAGCAGCCCAAUGUAUGUGUUUCACAAGAAAGAUUAUUUUAAAUGUUUUUACAACAUGUCAGAACAGGCGUGGAGCAUCCCCCUCAUUGUUUCUCUGGAAGUCUUUGGAUUUCUGAUCCCACUUGCAGUGAUGGUUUUCUGCUCUGUCCAAAACAUCUGGAUUCUUCUGAAUCACAAAAGUCAAGCUAAAAAGAAGGUAGAAGGCAGUGGCUCCUUACGAGUCAUUAUCAUCAACCUUGUGGUGUUUUUGGUGUGCUUCACACCUGUCCAUCUUGCGAUCUGCCUACAGUGCCUGGUAAGACAGCACGUGAUAGUGGACUGCAGUCUGAAACAAACCAUCAGCCUCUUCAUUCAAGUGUCAAUGAUAUUAGCCAACCUGAACUGCUGCCUGGAUGCCAUCUUUUAUUACUUCGCUGCAAAAGAAUUUCGUGAGAAAACACACCUGAAAAAGGUUAUUGAACUAUGUCCUGUCUUUAAGCCUUGUGCCACAUGA